GGCAAGUGUGUGGGUUCGCUGAGUGAAGGGAGUCGCUCUCAGCACGUGCAGAGGAUCUUAGUUUUUGCGACUCCGACCUUGCGACCCGCAUGUUCGAGGAGCCUGAGUGGGCCGAGGCGGCCCCAGUAGUCGCGGGCCUCAGUCCAGUCACCUCAUGGCCUCGGCCAGAGGCAGCCGCGAAAAUCAGGGGCUCCAGGCACUCCCAGCUCUUGGCCACCUUAAGGAUUCUGGAAGCAGCAUCUCUUUGCCACCAGUCCACCAGCCUCCCUGGCAGUGACUCUGAGGAGGAGGUAGAAAGAAAGAAGAAAUGCCCCAAAAAGUCCUCAUUUGCUAGUACCUCUGCCAAAGUAGGAGAGAAAAGGAAGGAAUGUCAAAAACUGGGCCCGCCUCAAGGUAACUGUGAGGACCACAAAACAGAAAAGAAGAAAUGCCGCAAAAAAGCUCUUCUGGGUAGUGACUCUGCCGAAGAAGAGAAAAGAAAGAGGAAAUGCCAGAAAGAGGCCCUUUCAAACAAUGUCGACCAAACAGGUCACAAAUCCUGGAAGUGUAGUACUACAAAUGAUUCACCCAAGCCAAUCCCUAGGUCCAGUUCCCCUAAGCCCCCCAGUACCUUGACCCGCAAGCAGUGGCGGAACCGGCAGAAGAACAAGCGAAGACACAAGAACAAAUUUCGGCCACUUCAGGCACCAGACAAGAUUUCUUCGGAGGCCUCCAAGGCCUCCACAGAGGAGUCAGAGAUGUCUCCUGCCCCCAAAGCAGACAACCAUAAGCCUCGGGCAGAGGCCCUGCGAGCCCGAAUGGCACAGCGGCUGGAUGGGGCCCGAUUUCGCUACCUCAAUGAGCAGCUGUACUCAGGGCCCAGCAGUGCUGCACAGCGCCUCUUCCAGGAAGACCCUGAGGCUUUUCUCCUCUAUCAUCGUGGCUUCCAGAGCCAAGUGAAGAAGUGGCCACUGCAACCAGUAGACCGCAUCGCCAGGGAUCUUCGCCAGCGGCCUUCAUCUCUUGUAGUGGCUGACUUUGGCUGCGGGGAUUGCCGCCUAGCUUCAAGUAUCCGGAACCCUGUACACUGCUUUGACUUGGCCUCACUGGACCCCAGGGUCACUGUGUGUGACAUGGCCCAGGUGCCUCUGGAAGACAAGUCUGUGGAUGUGGCUGUGUUUUGUCUUUCACUAAUGGGAACCAACAUCAGGGAUUUCCUGGAAGAGGCAAAUCGAGUGCUGAAGCCAGGGGGUCUCCUGAAAGUGGCUGAGGUCAGCAGCCGCUUUGAGGAUGUUCGGACCUUUCUGAGAGCUGUGACCAAGCUGGGCUUCAAGGUCAUCUCCAAGGACCUGACCAACAGCCACUUCUUCUUAUUUGAUUUUGAAAAGACGGGCCCCUCUCAGGUAGGGCCCAAGGCUCAACUUGCAGGCCUGAAACUUCAACCAUGUCUCUACAAGCGAAGGUGACCUCUAAACUUGCCUUGAAAGGGGAGGCAGGGCCCAGACUCCAGGCUGAAAACUCUGACGACUGUAUCUUCUCUGAAGACUGUAUCUAGCCAGGCUGUGAGUCAGGACCUGGUACUACCUUUCCUCUGUCCCAAGAACAAGUUGUGAUGAAACCCCUGGCUCAGCUGUGUUCCAACGAAGGAUUCUCGGUUUAAAAGAAGCCUAAAGUCACUUGAGCAAGCUAAGGAGUAAGGAGGAACAGGGAUAACUGGGAAUCAUAGAAUACCUUAAGUAUCAUAAAAGCCAGACGGUUUGGAAUUGAAGGGUCUUUGGGUUUGGCUCCUCUUUGCAUCUCUCAGAAGACACAUGGGCUUUUUGUCUUGGCCUCUCUGCUCCCCUUUCUUCUGAUUUAUACUGAUCAGCCUCUGCUCAACUGUAGCUUCUGCUCCUUCAGGCUCAUACUGCCCAGCCCUUUAAACUCUUGCUUCUUGGUAGUUCUAAUCCCAACCUUCCCCCCUCAGCCUAGAGUCAUUUAGUAUCUAUCAUAUUCCUCAUUUGGAAAAUGAUAGAAUUUCUGUCUUAGAGUAUUGCUGUGUGUGUUAUCUGAGGAAAUCCAUAGUCAGGGCUAGGAACAUAGGAGGUGCUCAAUAAAUAGCUGUGGAUAUUAUGUGUUGUAAUCCUUAUUGUUCUUUGAAGACUCCAUGCACCAGAUUGGAGGUUGAAGGACAAAUGGAUUUGUUAACUGGGAAAAUUCAAGAUAAGGCCUUUCAAAAGACUCAUGCAGUACUGUAUUUUGAAACUUUUAAUGGAUUCCAAGCUUUCGUUGGAGGAGGGGGAUAGUGAGGGAGCUGGAUUUUUGUUCAUAAAUAACUGGUUGAUGCCAUGUUGCGGGGGAGAUCGGACUACUCAUUGGCAAAGUGGUUUGUCCAUUAUUUCUGCUCUGCAGUAGGCCCAGAUCAGCAUGUCCUGGGAGAGCGAUAGGAAGGAAAGCUGGUGCUAGAGGAGGAUGAGUUAGGAUGACCCAUCCCAGGCCUCCCCCAGAAGAGCUGCCAUAGACUUGUCAUAAAGAUACAGCUUCUUCUACCUGUUCCCAAGAACAAGACCUGAGAGUGCCCACUGGGAAGACAUAGCUUCUAGGGUUUUGAUGCAGUUGGGUGUCUCCAGUAAAGACAUGGAGAUUCUGAAACAGGCUGUAGGCCAGAGGCAUAUAUGGAGGCUGGGCUGUGAGCCAUUCAGCUAACACUACACAGUGCUCUUGCAUGUGCUUCUCUUUGUUGAGUACUUGUCCGGCUAGCAUAGUUUAGUCAUCUUCCUAAACAUUCUGGUGGUUUAUUACUCAUCUGUUCCCAAAGCAGGAUUAAUUCUUCAUCUGUGUUCACAAAGUAUUAUGUGAAGAGUACUCCUUUAGCAUUUAAAUAUUAUGUUGUGGUUGCUUAGUGCAUUUGGCUACAGUCUUCUGCAAUCAUGUUUACCUUUGUAUUCCCAGAGCUUGUCACUUGAGGUACAGCCAAUGCAUUCAUUACCUAGGGAGGGAUAAGAAAUGACAGGGUCUGGUUAAGUGGAGUUGAUGAGAACAGCAGUGUGCUAGAAACCCAAGUUUGAGGCAUAUGUUGAAGCCACUAUGGACGACAUUAGGUUGAAUUGGUGGAAUGUUGAGGGUGGAUAAGAGGAAAUCUGAAGUAAGUCCUAGGUUUCUGGCUUGAGCAACUGAGUGGGCUGGUGAUGCCACUCAAAGUGUUGGACUUUAGGUCCUUGUUAGAUGUUCAUUUAGGAGUGGGACAAGAUGGGGACAAUAGUAUAUGCUUAUAGUCCCACCUACUCAGAAGGCUGAGGUUGAAGGAUUGCUGGAGCCCAGGAGUGCAAGAUCAGCAUGGACAACAUAGUGAGACCCCUGUCUAAAAGAAGGAAGGAAGGAGAAAGGAAGCAAAGAAGCAAGCAACUAACUUAUGAGAUCUGUGCUGGGGAUUUAACUAAAGGUAGGAAAGUUAUAAGAAUAGAUAAGAUAUCCAGGGUUAGAUAAUGAGGAGAAAAUGGCUCAGAAUAGAACUCUCUCAGAAUGAACCAGUAAAGGUGACAGAAGAUAAGCAAGUUGGAUCAUAGAGGAGUAAAAAAUACUGAGGAGAGUAGCUUUUUUAAUAUGGGAGGAAUAGGUACAUUAUCAGCUCUCUGAUGCUGUUGAGAGGUCUGAAAAUGAGAGAGAAGUCAAAUUGCAGUGGGGUAAGGAUUGCUGAGUAAUGUUGAGGGUCUUUCUGAAUUUAUAAUGAUAUUAUUCAUAGGUAGCUAUACCAUCCUACCCAAUGAUGUAGUCAUUCCUACCUACCCAGGAAUCCAGGUGUAACUGGAAGAUGUUCAUAACUGGAAGAGGUGAGUGAGUACCAAGGGAUCAUCCAGAGUUCUUUUCCGUCACCGGAAAUGAAAGGACAGUGAGCAAAGGAGUUCAGGCUAUUAGCACGUAAAUGGUGGUUAUGCUGGAUUGUGAAGCUUUGUAGAACAAGCAGGAGAGUGAAGGUAGGAGUAGGAUGUUUGGUGGGAAUAACUGAACAAGUAACCUAGGAGGCAGUUGUGCUUAGAAAUCAGAAUGUUUGAAUUACUAAUUUGAAAGCAGAGCAACUUUAGGUGAUGGCAGCGUGUAGGGUGUGGGCACAGGGCUGAGUGCUUGGGAGACUCACAGGGGAGGUCGCCUGAAGACUGGUUAAUGAACUAAAGGAUCAGGUAUUGUGGGAGGGGUCGUCUGCUUGGAUUUUGAAGCUUUCCAGGAUAAUUGUUAAAGUUGACAGUGGAAUGGGUACCAGUAUCACGAGGGUGUUGGAGGAUGGAGAAGAUCUACAGACACAGGGAGGAAGCAGCAUGGCACAUAACUUCACAAGUGCCCAGCAGGGUCCGGGGAUUUAGCUCAGUGGUUCCGCCACCUGCCUCACAAGCGCAAGGUCCCGAGUUUGAUCCCCAGUACCAAAAAACGGAAAGUGCCUAGCAGACUCCCAGGUUAGGGUGAGUGGAGCUGGCCGCCAGGCAGCCAAUGCGAAAUGCACUGAUAGUCCUCUCCAGCCUGCCAGAUUCUCAGAGCUUAUUGGGGCAACUCCGUGAGGCAGGAGCUUCCUGGGAUAAUUGAAUGGGAGGCAAGCUACAAAGUCUAAGGAAAGUAUCUUACCAUAAGACACACAUCACCUUUUAUAGCUCUGUAUUUGUAUCCCCCCUCCCCACAAUGUUACAUACAUUCCUAGAUCUAGAAUAGUUUGUUUGCUUAUCAUGCUCAGCAAGACAGCUGAGGUCUGCUUUCCUCUUGCUUUUCUUUCUUUCUUAUGAUUUGGAUUCUCAGUUUGUCUAUUCUGACCUCCAGCCACCUGAAUAAACAUCUCUGGAUCUGA